GGGGGCGGGGCGGGCGGCGCCUCCGGGGGCGGGCCGAACAAGACGCGGCGCCGCCGCACCGCCUUCACGUCCGAGCAGCUGCUCGAGCUGGAGCGCGAGUUCCAGGCCAAGAAGUACCUCUCGCUGACGGAGCGCUCGCAGAUCGCCGCGGCCCUCAAGCUCAGCGAGGUGCAGGUCAAAAUAUGGUUCCAAAACCGGCGCGCCAAGUGGAAGCGCGUCAAGGCGGGCGUGUCGGGCUCCGGCUGCGGCGGGCGCGGCGGCUCCGGUGCGGCGGGCGCGGGCGGCUCGUCGUCCUCCUCCGGCACCAAGAUCGUCGUGCCCAUCCCCGUGCACGUGAACCGCUUCGCCGUGCGCAGCCAGCACCAGCAGCUCGAGCGCUGCGGGCCCGGGCUGGCGCGCCUCACCAGCCUGCGCGGCCUCAUCCCCGGCGCGCCCGGCGGCCCCGCGGCCCUGGGGGGGCCCCUGGGGGGCGCGCACGCCGCGCUCUCCGCGCCAAGCGAGGCGUGGGUGCGGCCAGAGCCCAGCAAGCACUCGCAGGCGCAGCCCUACAUGUGAUUGCGUGUGGUGAACAUUUGCGUGAAGUAAGCACGCGAGAAGAUACAGCUGUGAUAUUGUUACCAUCGAAGAUAUAACUUGUUCUUAUACUUGCCUGCAAUCCUUUCGACGCGAUUGGCUGUGAUCAGCGACACGCGCGUGUGUGUGUGUUGUAGGACAAAGUGAAAGUUGCGUAGUGUUAGUCUGUUUGUUAACGCACUGAUAAUUUCUAAUUGAGGAUGAAUAAUCCAAAAGUGCAUAUCACGCUCCAGAAAUGGAGUAGAACUUUUUAUUUAAUACCUGGAGAGCUUCCCCGUCGGGGUGCCACACCUGAGAGCCCUGCGAGCGAGGGCGACGACGUUCGUCGAUUACCGGAGUUAUCGGCAUCCUAGAAUCUCGCACUCGGUUCGCAUUCUGCAAACGGCUAUGUGGCCGUCGCCCUGCCCGCGUAUGGAUGCCGCCCAUUAACCCCCAUUCUUAUUUUUAUCGCCAGGCAGGCGCACGUUUUCACACCUCUGUCGCAUUGUGCACCCCCCCCCCUCCUCCCCCGGAUCGCUUUCUCCCUCCCGACGGAUGCACAAAAGCUCUCCCCCUGGGCAAUAACCGCGCGCGCCCCCCCGCGCCGCGGCAAGCAGAAUGCAUGUAUAUUAAAUUAUACAUAAUGAUGUGCUAUUGUGAUGUGUAUUUGUAGAACUUGUACAUAUAGACUCGUUUAAAUAAAACGACUACCAAAGCAG